AAAUCUGUCCGUAGUGAAACAAAAAUGUGAGACGCGCAUGUGUCACAUUUGAGCAGCAGAGUAGCUAGCUUCUUAUCUUCACCGUAAAGCGUGGAAGAAGUUUAGAAAUUGAGAGUAUGUGCUCGGGCUUCACUCGGCAGCUGUGUGAGCAACGGUUGCCGGUCUCACACGUGUGGGAAAAGUAACCGAGGCUCAGCAAAGCGGCAGCGAGAAGUUCUCGUCGACGCCUCCUCGUUUGGAUUGGGCUGAAACUUGUUACUAGAACAACCUGUUCUUUCUUAUUGCAACUAUGGACGCGCUGGUGAAAUUCACUAAUCAAAGUCAAGGACGAGACCGCCUAUUACGGGCGACUCAGUACGCCUGUAGUCUGUCAGUGUAUUUACUGCGAAACAACUCCAACAGCAAGGACCUGGUGGUUAAACUCAAAAGUCUGGAGCGCAACAUGAGUGCUGGGCGAAAAUUACUCCGGCUGGGAAACACGGCACAUUCCAUCGAGGCUGCCAAACGAACCAUGCGGCUCUCUGACCGGGUGCUGUGCCUCUGCCUCACAGCCGCCAACGUGAACCGCGCCCUCUACUUUAUCUGCGACAACGCGCUCUGGGCCGCCAACGUCGGCCUCGCACGCAACCUCGACAAGGACCGCUGGAGCCUGAACGCGCACCGCUUCUACUUCUUCUCGCUAGUUAUGAACCUGACCAGAGAUGCUUACGACGUCCUUCGGCUGAUGGUGCAAAACUCAAGAGACAAACAGUUCAGACAGCAAAUGAACCAGCAUCUGAACGAGGGUCCGGACGUAGCCGAGGCCGUCAUCCCCCAGCUGGACGCUCUCUUCUACCUGCUUUUACACACCCUGAAGUCCCAUCCCGCUGUGGCCUUGGACGCGCUGAAAAACAUCUGCGAUCUCUUCAUCCCGUUAGACAGGCUGGGGAUCUACCAGUCCAACGCAGGGGUGGUUGGUUUUUGCGGCCUGAUGUCCUCCCUGAUAGGGAUCGUCACCCUCGCACAGCCCACGUUGAAAAUAAAGCCCUAACAACCUGGAAUGCAACUGAUAUCAAAAGAAGCAAAAACAUGGGUAAUUGUAGCAGGAGUUGGAAAAACGUUUAGUGGCGGACAAAGGUUAACCCAGCGCACAAGCUGAUAUAAUACGUAACAGACACGUUUGACACUGAACACAGCAGCAAGGAAAUACUGUGUGCUAGUUUUAGAUGAGGAUUACUGUUUAGCAGUUCUGAUUUGGUUUGAAGCACUGUUUCUAAAGGGAAUGAUAAUAAUUAAUGGCAUAUCUGGGUUUUUUUUAUGAUUAUUAGACGCAGAACCUUUUGUCAUUCCUGUCUCUCACACCAGCAGCUUUCUAACUACUGUACUUGAAAAAUGAACUCUGAUGCAAACUUUUGUAGAUCUUAAACGUUUGCAUGUUAUUUAUAAUUUUGGUUUGUAAAUGAUGAAAAUCAAAAAGACUGUGUCAAUUUAAAGAAAUGUUUUUGUUUUUAUAUAACUGGAGGCCUUAUUUAUAACCAAUACAAUUCAAAGACAUUUUGAAACUUGGAGGAAAAAAAUGAACUAAGCGUAAAUAAUAAUGGGUGAAAGAAUCAUUUCAUUUGUUUGAGUUGCACCUUGAUCAGGAUUUCAUGUCUUAUGAAAAUAGAGUUAUCAGAUUACUUUCACUGUCACAGUUGAUUGAAUUUCAAUAAAGCGCUUUACAUC